UCCAAAUACUACGCAAUGAACCUAUUCUUCAUCAAUUCCAAAGAAAUAUAGUACUCAAAUCAGGAAGGAGGGAGUUCCUAUGCGUUUCGUACAAUGCCUCUUCCCUCAUACGCCCGCGCAACUACAUCCUCUACGCAGAAAGCGAGUCUCGUGCCUUCCAAUAUCAAAGAGCUAGGAGAUAUCCAAACAGACACAAUCAGAAAACCGAAAUCCCCUACGACAUCCAGAGCAAGUCUCCCACUACGGAAUUCCCGAGCCCCAGAACCCAAUUGUGCAAAAGCCCCAUCGGUCAAGCCCUCGAGGAGGUCAUCCACGCCAACAACGAAACCUGCCCCACCCCAACCCAAAGAGCGAGAAAAGCACACGCCGCGAAAACUAAAGCGCCCUUCAACCCUCACUCCCAAAGUGCGGCGCACACAAGCCUACAAAAACGAUCUCCAUCCCAUAACGCCACUCAACCCCUCGAAACCAUGUCCCCUAUCCAGUCUCCCCUCCGAACUCCGCACGCAAAUAUACACGCACCUCUUCUCCACGCGCAGCCUACAGGACCCCAGUAACUGCCGCUACGCCGCAACCCCCCACCGUGAGCAAAGCGCGCGCUACCUCUUCCCCAGCAUCCUGCACGUAAGCCGCGCGAUCCGCAUCGAAGCAGCAUACACGUUCUACAGCAGCACGCCCUUCCUGUGGCGGAUUCCGAAUCUGAAUUUCGCGCGUGUGAGGGCCUGGCUGGAUGUGCUUCCUGCGGGGCAUCGGGCGCUGUUGUCGCGCAAUCGCGGGCUGACGCUGGACGUCGUGCCGUUUGUGCAGAGACUGUAUACGUAUCCGCCGAAGGACUAUUUGUUGGAUGACUAUGUCGAGGCGCAUUGGAAAGCGUGUAUGCCGUUUGGGUAUCUGUAUACGGUUCCUGUGGCGCAUCGUCAGCAGUUUAUCAUCUUUUCUCGGCUGGCGGCUUGGUUUUUACAGCCCUUUGGUCAUUCUUCUUCAGCUUCUUCCUCAAUGGGUCAGAGAUAUAGUAUCGAUUGGAUUUAUAAAUUCGAUGCGCAUCGGCGGCGGGAUUACGAUGUUUAUCCGACUAUUGCGGACGGUCUGUUGCCGUUUCUGAAGGAAGAUCUGGGAGUUGUCAAGAUGCGCGCGGUUCAGAAGGCAUGGGUGAGUAAUAGACGGGAGGCGGAGAUGGGGAGGGAAGCGAGGAGAUUUUUGGAUGCUUUGGAUGCGUGUUUUAGCGACGUGGAUGGGACGGAGAGCAGGCAGCAGGUCAGUAUCAAGGAUUGGGAGGAGGAGAUGAAGGGACUGAGAGACUUUCUCGGCCGGUGGUGAGUAUGAUUGGGUUGGGCGGGUAGACAGGAUACAUGAAAAAUUGUUGGCAAGGCAAACUAAACAUAUGUUCCAGUUACAAGUUGCUCUUAUAGGAGUGAAAACACCAAACAACCAGGAAACGGGCUGAGAAGGCGUGGUUCCUAGAGGUAGAAACCAAUGGGUAUCGUGUAUUUAUCAUUGAUCGGGAAAGCAUAAUUCCUCAGCUCCUGCCAAACAUCCCAUC